CAAGUGGGCCAAAAGCGUAAGAAAAUCUAUUAGAUUCAGGCUGAGCCCAAGUAAUUUACCUUUUUUUGGGUUACCCAAAUUGCUCUUCUUUUUAACCAAACUCGGCCGGCCACUAUUUUUACUUCCGUUUUCCAAUCCACCAUUUCCUCUGUUACUCCCUUCUUCUCCAAUUUGAGGCUCAGAUCAGCGACACACGACCAGAACGACGACGUUCAUGCCACACCCAGGUAUAAUAGAUGGAAGGAGAAGAGGCUCCUCCUAGUAAUGACCAAUUGCCCGAGGGGAAGUGUGGCGGAGAGAGUCUAAAAGAAAGAGAUAGUGAAACAACGGAAUUGUUUGAUGGUCAAAAUGGUUUACCUGAAGGAAAGAAAGAAUUUGUUGCUCCAGCUGUUGGAAUGGAAUUUGAGUCUUAUGAUGAUGCAUAUAAUUAUUAUAAUUGCUAUGCUAAGGAGGUUGGUUUUCGUGUUCGGGUUAAGAAUUCAUGGUUUAAGCGGAAUAGGAGAGAGAAGUAUGGUGCUGUACUUUGUUGUAGUAGCCAGGGUUUUAAAAGAAUCAAAGAUGUUAACCGUCUUCGAAAGGAAACUAGAACUGGUUGUCCUGCUAUGAUAAGGAUGAGAGUUGUGGAGUCGAAAAGAUGGCGGGUGCUUGAGGUUACACAUGAACAUAAUCACUUAUUAGGUGCCAGGAUUUAUAAAACUAUUAAGAAGAUGGGCUCUGGAUCGAAAAGGAAGUUGCAACCCAGUUCUGAUGCUGAAGUGAGAACAAUCAAGUUGUAUCGAGCGUUAGUGAUAGAUGCUGGGGGUAAUGGGAAUCCAAACAGCAAUGCAAGGGAAGUUAGGAACUUUUAUGAAUAUCCAAAUCAGCUUAAUCUUAAAAGGGGUGAUUCACAAGCCAUUUAUAACUACCUUUGCCGUAUGCAGUUGACCAAUCCAAACUUCUUUUACUUGAUGGAUUUGAAUGAUGAAGGACAUUUGGGGAAUGUUUUCUGGGUUGAUUCGCAAUGUAGGGCAUCUUGUGGCUACUUUGGGGAUGUCAUUUAUAUUGACAACACGUGCUUGUCAAAGAGAUAUGAGACUCCCCUUGUCACACUUGUUGGAAUAAAUCAUCAUGGCCAAACUGUGUUACUGGGUUGUGGCCUGCUUGCUGGCGAGACAGUGGAGUCUUAUACUUGGUUCUUCAAAGCGUGGCUUACAUGUGUGUCAGGACAGUGUCCUCAAACAAUUAUCACAGACAGGUGCAAGGCUUUGCAGAAUGCAAUUGCAGAAGUGUUUCCCAAAUCCAGCCAUCGCUUCAGUUUGUUACACAUAAUGAAAAAAGUUCCGGAAAAAUUGGGAGGAUUGUGUAAUUAUGAUGCAAUCAGAAGGGCAUUUGUUAAGGCAGUUUUUAACACUCUUAAAGUGAUUGAAUUUGAAGCAGCAUGGGCAUUUAUGGUCCAGCGUUUUAGUAUCACUGACCAUGAGUGGCUUCGAUCUUUAUACAAAGAUCGAGCUCUGUGGGCUCCCAUUUAUCUAAAGGACACAUUUUUUGCUGGACUGUCUUCUUCAAGGCCUGUUGAGAACGUGAGUCCCUUUUUUGAUAAAUACGUGCACAAACAAACUCCUUUGAAGGAAUUUCUUGAUAAGUAUGAAUUAGCAUUACAAAAGAAGCACAAGGAAGAAACUCUUGCUGAUAUUGAGUCAAGAAAAUCCAGCCCUGCAUUGAGAACAAGAUGCUCGUUUGAGUUGCGACUCUCCAAAUUUUACACGAAAGAAAAUUUCAAGAGGUUCCAAUUUGAGGUAGAGGAGAUGUAUUCUUGUUUUAGUACAACACAGUUACAUGUUGAUGGGCCUAUCAUUAUAUUCUUGGUCAAGGAGCGAGUGUUGACUGAAGGAAGUAGGAGGGAAAUUAGGGAUUAUGAAGUACUUUAUAACAGAACAGCCAGUGAAGUUAGAUGCAUUUGCAGUUGCUUUAACUUUUACGGAUAUCUAUGCCGACAUGCAUUGUGUGUGCUUAAUUUCAAUGGUGUGGAGGAUGUCCCUUCCAAGUACAUUCUCUCACGAUGGAAAAAGGAUUAUAAGCGCUUAUAUGUUCCGCAUCAAGGUUCAAAUAACGUUGAUGUCAUUGAUCGCAUGCAAUGGUUUAAUCAUUUAUAUAGACGUGCCUUGCAAGUUGUGGAGGAGGGGGCGAUUUCUUUGGACCAUUACAAAGUUGCAUUGCAAGCUUUUGAAGAGUCAUUGAAUAGAGUUCACGAGGUAGAAGAAAAGCAAGAGCAUUUUGGGCUUAGCAUAUACAUUUUACAUAUUGUUCUAAUCGAAUUUGAGUUGUUCUUUGCAAAUGGUUCUCACAGUGAGUUAAGCUAUAAGAAUUCCUUUGCUAAUGGUUCUUGCUCUAUACAUCAGUUUCUAGUAGAUGGCCAGAUAAUCCUUGUUAUUAAUUUGCAAAAAAGGAGCUUAGCUGCACAUCAAACUCCAUACUAUAUUAUCUUCUUAGUUGGUAUCUGUGAUUCUAUGGAUGAAGUUUCUCUAAAUACUGAUCCGGUUGCUGAUGAUGAUGCUGAUGAGUUUGAGAUUGAAGGAGAUUGUGGAAUGACUGAAUGUAUUCGUCAAAGUGGUGUAAUUCAAGGAGAGAAUCCGCUGCCUCCUGCUGUUGGAAUGGAAUUUGACUCUUAUGAGGAUGUAUAUUACUUUUACAAUUGUUAUGCCAAGGAACAGGGAUUUGGUGUUAGAGUAAGCAAUACUUGGUACAGAAAGAGCAAAGAAAGAUACAGAGGCAAACUUAGCUGCAGUAGUGCAGGAUUCAAGAAGAAGAGUGAAGCAAACCGCCCAAGACCAGAAACAAGGACUGGAUGCCCUGCGAUGAUAAAGUUCAGGUUGAUGGAAAACAAAAGGUGGAGAAUCAUAGAAGUUGAGCUUGACCAUAACCAUUUGAUCAGCCCUGCAAGUGGGAAAUUCUAUAAGUCCCAUAAACAAAUAGGUCUUGGAACCAAAAGAGCACUGCAGUUACAUGGUGCUGAAGAAGUUCAAAAAAUUCAGCUUUUUAGAGCAGUGAUUAUCGAUGUUGAGGGAAAUGGAAGUGCAGAGGUCAGUGAUGGAGAAAUCCAGACUUCUCAUAACCAAUCCAAUCAAUUGAGGCUUAAAGAAGGAGAUGCACAAGCUGUUCAUAAUUAUUUUAGCCACUUCCAAUUGACUGAUCCAAACUUCUUUUAUGUGGUGGAUCUCAACGAGAAGGGAUGUUUGAGGAAUUUAUUCUGGACCAAUGCAAGGUCUAGAGUUGCAUAUGGUUACUUUGGUGAUGUAGUUGCAAUUGACACUACAUGCUUAACAGACAAAUAUGAAGUACCGCUGGUUUCAUUUGUUGGAGUGAAUCAUCAUGGACAGUCUGUGCUAUUGGGUUGUGGCUUACUUGCAGGUGAGACUAUCGAAUCAUAUACAUGGUUGUUUAGGGCUUGGCUCACAUGCAUGUUAGGACGCCCUCCACCCGUUGUCAUCACUGAUCAAUGUAGAACCCUGCAAACUGCUGUUGCUGAUGUGUUUCCAAGGGCUUCUCAUUGUCUAUGUUUGUCACGUAUAAUGCAAAAAGUUUCAGAGAAACUUGGUGGACUGUAUGAAUAUGAAUCAAUUAGAAUGGCAUUAAACAGUGCAGUUUAUUACACUCUAAGGCCUGAGGAAUUUGAAGCGACUUGGGAAGAUAUGAUCCAGCAUCAUGGAAUUAGGGAUCAUGAAUGGCUUCAAAUAUUAUAUGAAGAUCGCAGACGAUGGGUUCCUGUUUAUUUGAAGGAGAUAUUUCUUGCAGGAAAGUUUCCAACCCAGCCAAAUGAGGUUGUGGAGUCAUUUUUUGAUGGCUAUCUCGAUAGACAUACUUCUUUGAAAGAAUUUUUGGUUAAGUAUGAUCAAGCCCUACAGGCAAAUUAUCAACUGGAAGCUUUAGCAGAUAUAGAUUCAAGAAAUUCAGGUUUUAUGCUGAAAUCAGGAUGUUUUGAGUUGCAGCCUGCAAAAUUGUACACAAAUGAUAUAUUAAGGAAGUUUGAACAGGAGGUGGAGGGAAUGUACUCAUGUUUUAGCACAACACAAAUAAAUGCCGAGGGACAAGUACUAACAUACAUCGUCAGGGAACAAAUAGAAGCAGAUGGAAACAGAAGGGAGACUAGUGAUUUUGAGGUUUUGUAUAAUGCAACUGAAAUGGAGGUGCUUUGCGGUUGUGGUUUGUUUAAUUUCAGAGGAUAUUUGUGCCGGCAUGCACUGAGCGUCCUCCACCAAAAUGGCAUGGAUGAGAUUCCACCUCAAUACAUUCUACCACGAUGGAGAAAAGAUAUUAAGCGGAGUUAUGUUCUGAAUCACAGCUCUGGUGGUAUUGAUAUUAAUAACCCAGUUCAUAGGUAUGAUCAUCUGUACAAAUGCAUAAUGCAGGUUAUUGAUGAAGGCCAGAAAUCACAAGAUCGUUACAAGGAUACAGUUCAAGCAUUAGACCAGAUAUUAAGCAAGCUUCAUCUUGUAGAGGAUCAUUUGUAAAUACUUUUUAGACCCAAGAUCUGUAAUGUUGUGCGCUAGAAGCUUAUACUUUCAUGUAAUUUGCCACCGUUGUUUUGGCUUUGAGCGUUUCUUGUAACAUGUACAGAGUUUAUAAGCUAUCCGUAACCUUUGCUAAUUUUGGCCACUUUCUUAUUGUCAUGAUGCUUUCUUCUUA